CAGCAGUCUGCAAGUAGCUCUGUGCUUGGCUCAUCGAAAAUGAAACCGAAAAUCAAACGCAUUCAGCCGUCUUUAGAGAAAGGGAAUGGAAAGAAGCACAAAACUUCUCACAUGUGGACCGGUUCCUCUGAAGCACAUGUUCCUGACAGAGGGACCACUGCUGCACCCCAGGUCUCAGCUGCACGGACUCCUGCUGUGAAGACAGAUGUGCAGGAUGCAGCAAGCACAGAUCAGCCAUCACAAACACAGUGUGGCCAGUCUACAGGGUAAGCAUGAAGCACACCUUUGCAU